CGCCUGCCAGUGCCACUCAUUCCGUGCUAGACUCUCCUGUGAUCAACACUGCCAGCACCACUAGACACCAUUACUAUUACUACUAUUGUUUCCACUACUGCCAAUACACGAACACUACUUGUGCUAUUGUUGUUGCUGCUGCUGCUAUUAUUUCCACAGCCACCAUUACGAGCUUCACAACUAACACUAACACUACUAACUACUACUACUACUACUACUAUUACAAAAUUACUACAAAAUGUUACCAUCGACAUUUCUAAAACUCUAAUUCUUGUAUUUUCUCUCUUACUUCACGCUUAUUAUUACUCAAAAACUAACUUUCCACUCAUCUCCCAGCCUUCCUUCACCCACCACCCCUAUUACCGACACCACAGACACCUGUACGCUUGCCCACGCCCGCCACCACCACCACCACCACCGCCAUUCUUACCACCACCUUUAUUACCAACACGGGAGACAGCCAUAGGACUGCCAAGAAGUAUCCAGUUCGACGCCACGUACACAGCAUGGCUUCCAACUUCUCCCUAGGAAUGAUCGGGGUGGUCGUGCUGGUGAUGUUGCUGCAGCUAUACAAAAUCCAAAGCUUGGGAGGUGAACUACGAAAUCAAGUAAUCAGAUCCGAAAACCAAAGGAGAGACCUGUUGCAAGAUAAUGAGAUCUGCGAGAUGAAGACCAAAAAAUUCCAGAAGGAACUGAAAAACUCGGAGGAAAUCCUUGCGUUCCAGAAAGUAACCGAACAGGAAAUACAAACAAAACUGAAUGAAGUGUUGGAAAAUCUUAACCUAAUGGAGAAUGAAAAGAAAACCAUACAAUUCGAGAAAAUCCGUCUGGAAAAUCAAAUUCAGAGCAUGCAGACUGAAGUUUCCGUCAAGGAGAAAGAGAGAGAGAAUGCCCUGAAGGAAGCUGAGAAGUACCAACAGCUGUAUGCGAAGGGAAACGAGCUCAUAAAUGCCUUGAGGGAGGAAAUCAAAAGGGUCCAAUCCAUGGUUCCGGUACCAGUGGGCCAGCUAGUGAAUGCCGGUGGAUUCAGUGCCCAGAACAAUCGUAUACAGAGGAAUGCCAAGGAAACAGACCCCCAAAAGAGGCUUUCCUCGCCAAACGCACUGGAAAAACAGAACCAAGGCCAAAAUGAAGCCAGAGAAAACGAAGAGCAGAAGGGAAUACAGAAAACGGAACAGGAAGUACAGACGGAAGGAGAACUACAAGAAAAUGAGGAGGAGGAACCACAACCAGAGGAGGUGAAUGCAGAGGAGAACGGAGAGGAAAACGAAGAGAGAGAUGCUGUAGACGAGAACAAGGAGCGGGACACGACGGAGGCGGUGGCGAAUGAAAACAAGUAUGAGGAUAUAAGAGAGGAUGAAGGCGUGAUGGAGGAAGAAAACUGACGCGUUGAGUGAAGGAAAUUUUAAUGAUAGGACUCUCUCUCUCUCUCUCUCUCUCUCUCUCUCUCUCUCUCUCUCUCUCUCUCUCUCUCUCUCUUAUUUAUUUGAAGUGUUUGUAUAAGAAAAUCGUUAUUGUUGGCACAGAAAUAACAAUAAAUUAAUGUACACUG